AGCAAAGUGGGGGUCGGGGGGGCUGAGGAAGCAAAGGGGGAGUCAAGGGGAGGCUAAGGAAGCAGAGUCGGGGCCGAGGGGGUCAGAGGCAGGCGGGUGGCAAAAGGAAGCGGAGUGGGAGUUGAGGGGAGCCGAGUGGGUGGAGGGUCGAGGGAGGCCGAAGAAGCAGAGGGUGGGGGUCUGAGGGGGCCCGGGGCCGAGCCGCCAAGGGGGACGAGAGGCAGCCGGAGGUCCGGGGGCGUCCGGCCGGUCCUCCCCUCCCCCGUGCCCGCGGCCCCCAGCAUGUACCGCCGGGAGCGCUCGGUGGCGUUGGCCGGGAGCCCGUCGGCGCUCUACAACAACCUGAGCGUCCUGGCGCUGCCCGCCCGCGGCCUCACCUGCUACGGCGUCGUGCACGGCGCCGCCGCCCAGCUGCUCAGCGCCACCCCCGACGGGCAGCCCCUGUGCCGGCGCCAGCUCACGGCCAAGGACGGGGGCGCCGCCGUCAGCCUCGGCCCCUCCCUCGUCACACAGGUUGACUGGUGUGCCCUGCCCGGCCGGCUGUUGUUGGUGCUGACGUCCCAGAAGGGGAUCCAGAUCUACGAGACCGACGGGUCCAUCAUGGUCUACUGGCACGCGCUGGACCCCGGAGAGAGCCCUCCAGGCCAGUCGACGUUUGCCCGAGGAAUCGCCGCCUGCGGUCACUUCAUCUGCGUGGGGACGGGGUCCGGCCGGGUGCUGGUGUUCGACGUGCCCCCCAGAGGGCCCAACGUCACGCUGAGCGAGGAGCUCCGGGAGCACCGGGCCCCGGUCACCGACGUCGCGGCCGAGGCCGGCCCCGGACAGGGCGGCGCUGAGGACGUGGUGACCGCAGAUGACGACGGGCAGCUGUGCGUCUGGAAGGCGGGCCCGGAGUUCGAGCUGCUGACACGGAUUCCAGCCCGGGGGUGCCCGUGCCCGUCGGUGCGGCUGUGGCGGGGCGUGGUCGCGGCCGGCUUCGGGGACGGGCAGAUCCGCGUCUACGAGGCGGCCACGGGUGCCCUCCGCGUCCAGAUAGACGCCCACGCCCGGGCCCUCUGCGCCCUCGACCUGGCCCCCGAGGCCGGAAAGCUGCUGUCCGGGGCCGAGGACUCCUUCGUGCACGUCUGGCAGCUGAGCCGAACCCGGGACGGCGGCAUAGAGGUGCGGCACCGCCACUCGGAGCGUGUGACGGACACGCAGGUGUGCGGCGCCCGCUUCUGCGACCCCGCGGGAAGCUCCUUCGCCGUGGCCGGCUACGACCUGGGCGAGAUCCUCCUCUACGGGCCCAACUGACCCCCGCCUCGCCUCGCGCCUGGGUGACCGGUCGACCUCCGCCCCCCCCCCCGCCCCUACCGAGGCCGGGACCACCCCGUCCCUCCCCCCACCCCGAUCCGGGAAUAAAACCUCUCCUCCGCA